AACAAUCCGGAAGCGCAAGCACAGCCAUUAUUAAACAUCGCACAGGACACAGGAAUGGCAGCUCUGGGAAGUGGUAGAUGUGUUUUCAGACGACUGGUCAACACGAGUGUAUACUACAGAGCGACCGGAUUACACACACUCACAAACACACACAAUCCUGCGCGCUUCUCUCGGUGCCCGAACAAGCCGUGCGCUCUGUCUCGUGCGCUGUUCAGUAACAGUGACGGAAGUGACGCAGAAUUGACAGCGCGAGAUUCAUAUACACACAAUCAUCGUCAGCAGCAGCAGCAUGGUGGAGCUGUGUUUAAUCUCGACGUGUUGGUGUCUCUCCUGCGAGAGGAGAACGCUGCGGAUAUCUGUGCGAUCCGAGUCUCAGAUGAGCUGAAAUACACUGACUACUUCAUCAUAGUGAGCGGAUCUUCAACUCGGCACCUGAAAGCCAUGGCAGAGUAUGCCAUUAAAGUGUAUAAGUUCCUGAGAAGAGACUGUGAUCCCCACACACACAUUGAGGGACAGGACAGUGAUGACUGGAUGUGUAUAGAUUUUGGGUCGAUGGUGGUCCACUUUAUGCUCCCGGAGACAAGAGAGAAGUUCCAGUUGGAGACACUGUGGACGCUGCGGAGCUAUGAACAGCUGACCAACAACACACUCCCACACACACUGCCUCCUGACUUCAUUCUCACACAUGCGCAAACACACACACACACGCACACAGUGACUGACACAAUCACACAUUGACUCUCUCACACACACACCCCUCCAGAUCUCCUGUCCAUAAACACCUGUCUGUAAAAAAAAAAAGAAAGUUUAGUGUUGUUGACAAUGUUCUGUUACUGAACAUCUUAUACACUUAUCAAUAAACAUGAUUUGGUUAAUUUA